CCCCUAGUGACACUAUCCACCGAAUCUAAUGCACAUGCCCAUCGGACGAGAUCGAACAGCCUUUCAAGGGCUUACCGUAUUUUUUGAAACUAAAAGCGUAAAUCUGCCAAUUAAUUUGCAUUCCAAGACUUUCUACCUAGUGCAGGUGGGGUGAACCAACCAUAACGUGCGCAUUCCCCACCAUCCCGCUAACUUGCGCCCUCCCCCAAUUUUCCCACCCGAAAUACACUCCUCCACCACCCCCACCACCCACCCUCCUCUCCGCCAUUCUUCACACUAACAUGCGCCAUCACCUCCUCUUCACCGCCGUCAUGCCCCCUUCUUCCUCCCUGAGAAAACCCACCACCCCAAAAGCCCUCUCCCCCCACCCCCACCCCUCAAAUUCCCCUAACUGCCCUCCUCUCUGCAGACACUCUCCCUCCGCCACCCUUGACAUACUCAUUCUCAUCCUAGUUCUUUUCUCCGGCGCUUUCCUCAUCACCUCCUAUUUCUCUUACCUCUUCCAAUCCCUCUCUCUAAUUCUGCCGCUUUUCUCCUCCAUUCUUUCCCAGUUGUAUUGCCAUUUAGCUUCCGACCCACAACCCCAGUUCAUCUUCGUCGCCUUGUUCGCGGUCUCGUUUGUAGUUUUUGUUGGGUUCUUUGAGAUCUGCUGUGGGCAUAGGUCACGAAGGUGUGGAAAGAAUGGGUGUAAAGGGCUAAAAAAGGCGAUGGAGUUUGAUUUGCAGCUGCAGGGGGAGGAGUUGUUGCGGAUGGGAGAUGGGAUUAAGGCAGUGAAAGAUGUGAAUGAGUUGCCGUGGAAAGGCGACACUGAGGAUAAUCCAGAUUACGAGUGUUUGCGCUCCGAGUUGAGGAAGAUGGCCCCGCCAAAUGGGCGUGCCGUGCUGCUUUUUCGCCUCAACUGUGGGUGCCCGAUUUCGAAACUCGAAGGAUGGGGGCCUAAGCGUGGGCGGCGCCAUAAGAAGAGUCUGGCUCUUACCAGUGGAGGAGAUCAGCGCUGACGGUGGAUUUAUCACUUCCAGCUUAAUUACUAUUUCUUCCUUCUCCAUUGGUUUCAUUCUCUUCUCAAAGACUGUAUAGGAAAUAUCUUUUUCUUUCAGCCAAUUUGGCUGCAUGAUGACUUUACCUUAAUGUCUUUAUACGAAUUUAAAUCACAAUAAAUAAUUACAAGUGAAUGGAAUUUCAGAAUUUAUGUGUAGUUUUAUGUUUUGUAGUAGUG